AGUAGCAUGUUGCCCUUGCAUGCAUACGGUUCGGUUUUGUUGAUGCUCGUCGGUUCUAACGUUCGUUAUUGUUAAUUGCCUUUCGUUCUAAACAAAAACAAAAAAAAAAUACAACAAAUUAGAGAAUGAUUUUGUAGUUUAAUUGAGCGUCAAUAUAAACAAACUUUCUUCAGCCCAACAUACGCAAUGCAGUCGGUCAAAACUGCUGACUUGCCGGAGAGUCCGCGAGAGAAUGCCAAUUUCAUAUCAGCGGCAUGUUUCUGGUACACCAUGCCCACGUUCCUCAAGGGACGCAAGAAAAUGCUGGGAACCGAGGAUCUAUACAAGGCAUUGAAAGAACACAAGUCAGAAACACUUGGAAAUGAUUUAUGUGCUGCCUGGGAACGAGAGCUACAAAAGAAGCAGGUGGACUCGAAAAAGGAGCCGAGUAUGCUGUGUGCACUGAUUCGUGUAUUUGGAUUGCAGUUCGGGCUGUUGGGUCUGGUGCUGUUCCUGCAGGAACUGUGUCUGCGCACGUUGCAGCCCCUGUGUCUGCUCAAGCUGAUAUCGUAUUUUACGUACGGCUCGGAGACGCCUGAGUCCGCCUACUAUUAUGCGGCUGGUGUGAUUGCCUGCAGUGCUCUCAAUGUGAUCAUUAUGCAUCCCUACAUGCUGGGCACCAUGCACGUGGGCAUGAAAAUGCGUGUGGGAAUAUGCAGCAUGAUUUAUCGCAAGGCUUUGCGAUUGAGCAAGACGGCGCUGGGCGACACCACAGCUGGUCAUAUUGUGAAUCUGAUGUCCAAUGAUGUGGGUCGCUUGGACCUGGCCACCAUAUUUGUGCACUAUCUGUGGGUGGGGCCGCUGGAGACGAUUUUUAUAACGUAUCUGAUGUACCUGGAGAUUGGCAUUGCGGCUGUGUUUGGCGUAGCCUUCAUGCUGCUCUUCAUACCGAUGCAGGCUUGGCUGGGCAAGAAGACCUCAGGGCUGAGGAUGCGCACCGCUCUGCGUACGGAUGAGCGUGUGCGGAUGAUGAAUGAGAUCAUUGCUGGCAUUCAAGUGAUCAAGAUGUAUGCCUGGGAGUUGCCCUUCGAGCAAAUGGUGGCAUUUGCACGCAAAAAGGAAAUCAAUGCAAUAAGACACGUUUCUUAUAUCAGGGGCAUACUGUUAUCCUUUAUAAUAUUCCUAACGCGUGUUUCCAUUUUUCUAAGUCUCGUGGGCUACGUGCUGCUGGGCACAUUUCUAACACCCGAAAAGGCCUUUGUAAUUACGGCCUAUUAUAAUAUACUGCGCACCACGAUGACCGUCUUCUUUCCCCAAGGCAUCUCACAAAUGGCUGAAGCCCUGAUUUCCAUUAAACGCGUGCGCAACUAUAUGCUCUACGAAGAGACGGAUGUCAGUGAUAAGUCUCUGGAGCUGCCGCUCGCUUCGCCUGGCAGUAAUCAAACCACGGUUCACUCAAAGCUCGAACACGAGCAGGAGAGGCUACUAACGCCUUCAUCGCUGCCGCACAUCAAUGAAAAUGCCGUGCUCUCCGAAGCGCAAAUAUCGAUCAAGGAUCUCAAGGCUAAAUGGGACGUCAGCUCACCGGAUUACACCCUCAAUGGGGUUAAUCUGCGCGUCCAGCCAGGCACCAUGCUGGGCAUUGUGGGACGCACUGGCGCCGGCAAGUCCAGCCUCAUUCAGGCCAUAUUGGGUGAGCUGACAGCGGAAUCCGGUGAGAUUCAUGUCAAUGGCAGCUUCUCAUACGCAUCGCAGGAGCCCUGGCUAUUUACUGGCACUGUGCGACAGAAUAUACUCUUUGGCCAGGCCAUGGACAAGCGUCGCUAUGCCCAGGUGGUGAAGAACUGUGCGCUCGAACGGGACUUUGAACUGUUGCCCUUUGGCGACAAGACAAUUGUCGGUGAGCGGGGCGCCUCCCUGUCGGGUGGCCAAAAGGCACGCAUCAGUUUGGCGCGUGCUGUUUAUCGCCAGACGGCGAUUUAUCUGCUGGAUGAUCCACUGAGCGCUGUGGACACGCAUGUCGCCCGCCAUCUGUUCGAGAAGUGCAUGCGCGGCUAUUUGCGGGAGCGUAUUGUGAUCCUGGUCACACAUCAGCUGCAAUUCCUGCAGCAUGCCGAUCAGAUUGUCAUUAUGGAAAAGGGCCAGGUGAGCGCCGUGGGCACAUACGAAUCGCUACGCGAAUCAGGCCUAGACUUUGCCGCAAUGCUGGCGGAUUCGUCACGCGAUGAGCAUGGCAUCGAGGAGCGCUCACGCUCCAGAUCGGGCUCGGCCAGCGACAAGCGACGCAACAGUGAGCUGUCUCUCCUAUCGCUGGCCGAUUCCUGUCUGGAUGAGUCAUCGGCCGCCCAAAUGCAUGUGCAGGAGUCCCAGGAACACGGUCGCAUCGGACUGGGACUGUACAACAAAUACUUCAAGGCUGGCGGCGGUUUCUUCGCCUUCUUCGUCAUGAUGGGCUUCUGUGUGCUGUCCCAAGUAAUGGCCUCCCUCGGCGACUAUUUUCUUGCAUAUUGGGUUGACAAGAAGGGAGGAAGUGUUAGGAGCAUGAAUGAAAACAGCACCCCCAUCUUGAAUUCAACUAAUUCACCUGCCACAAACGAUACGACAGCAAUUGUCUCGCAUGUCCUUGAAUCACGCAUGUCCAUGUGGCUGCACGAAUUGGGCUGGUCAGUGGAUGCCGAAAUGCUGGACACAUAUAUAUUUACCAUAAUCACAAUUGCCACAAUUGCUGUGACGUUGGCGCGUUCAUUUCUAUUCUUCAAUUUGGCCAUGAGGGCAUCGAUUCGGCUGCAUAACUCCAUGUUUCACGGCAUCACGCGUGCUGCAAUGUAUUUUUUCAAUACGAAUCCCUCGGGUCGGAUUCUGAAUCGCUUCUCCAAGGAUAUGGGUCAAGUGGAUGAGAUACUACCGGCUGUCAUGAUGGAUGUGAUACAAAUAUUCUUAGCCUUAGGUGGCAUUGUCAUUGUCAUUGCCAUUGUCAAUCCGUUGUUUCUCGUUCCCACGUUUGUGCUGGGCAUUAUUUUCUAUCAGUUGCGUACGUUCUAUCUGAAAACCUCACGUAAUGUCAAACGCUUGGAGGCUAUUACUCGUUCGCCGAUUUACUCACACAUGGCCGCCUCGCUGACGGGUCUGUCCACGAUUCGAGCUUUUGGAGCACAGCGUGUCUUAAUUAGCGAGUUCGAUAAUCAUCAGAAUUUGCAUAGCUCGGCAUUCUACAUGUUCAUUAGCACGUCACGUGCCUUUGGCUAUUGGCUGGACUGUUUCUGUGUCAUCUACAUUGGCAUUAUCACACUCAGCUUCUUCAUAUUUCCGCCGGCCAAUGGCGGCGUAGUGGGUUUGGCAAUUACCCAAGCUAUGGGCAUGACUGGCAUGGUGCAGUGGGGCAUGCGUCAGUCUGCGGAGCUGGAGAACACCAUGACUGCCGUGGAGCGUGUCGUUGAGUAUGAGGACAUUGAACCGGAGGGCGCUUUGGAAGCGCCAGCUGAUAAGAAACCGCCCAAGACCUGGCCCGAACAUGGCAAGAUUGCGUUUGAAGAGCUCAGUCUACGCUAUUUCCCGGAUCCCAAAUCGGAAUAUGUGCUUAAGUCUCUCAACUUUGUUAUCAGAGCACGUGAGAAAGUUGGCAUUGUGGGUCGCACGGGUGCGGGCAAAUCGUCGCUCAUAAACGCCCUGUUCCGCCUCUCCUACACGGAUGGCUCCAUACUGAUCGAUAAGCGGGACACGCAAGUAAUGGGCUUGCAUGAUCUGCGCAGCAAAAUAUCGAUUAUACCCCAGGAGCCGGUGCUCUUCUCUGGUACAAUGCGCUACAAUUUGGACCCCUUCGACGAGUAUACCGAUGAGAAGUUGUGGUCUUCCUUGGAUGAGGUGAAGCUGAAGGAUGUCGUUGCCGACCUGCCCAGUGGAUUACAGAGUAAAAUAACGGAGGGUGGCACCAAUUUCAGUGUGGGCCAACGUCAAUUAGUGUGCCUGGCCCGUGCCAUUCUGCGCGAGAAUCGCAUCCUGGUCAUGGAUGAGGCCACUGCCAAUGUGGAUCCACAAACUGAUGCCCUUAUCCAGACGACCAUUAGAAAUAAGUUCAAAGAAUGCACCGUACUUACAAUUGCCCAUAGGCUGCACACGAUUAUGGAUUCCGACAAGGUGCUCGUCAUGGAUGCCGGCAGAGUGGUUGAAUUUGGAACACCGCAUGAACUCUUAACCUGUGCCGAAAGCAAAGUUUUCCAUGAUAUGGUCAAGCAGACGGGCAAAUCAACCUAUGAAAAUCUGCAGUUGGUUGCCAAGCAGGCAUUUGAAUCUGCUCAGCAAAAUCGCAGAUUAUCGUCCUAAGGCCAGUGAACAUUAAAACAAUCAGGGAUUUUUUAUUAUCAUCGCAGUAGGUGCUUAAAAGCGGACUAGCCCUUCAACUGUAAAUAAUCUCAUCCAAUUCCAAUAACCUUAUUUUAUAUAAACCUAUAAUGUUUGUGCCUAUGCAUUGAAUAUUUUGUUAACGUUUAGAUAUUUCUAUGUAUGUAUUAAGUGUGACAGUGCAAAUAACGCAGUGCCUUCAAAUUAUAUAUAUAUAUACAACUUGGGUGCUUA